AUGUUUUUCUGGAUAUUUUCAAAUCAGUUAGCCGUUCACAAAAUCGGAGAGCGCAUUCCGCUCCACUUCCCAAAGAUGGAGGAAUAUCAUCGCGAACGCGCCUUUGUUCUCGUUUCUCGGGUGGCCUCGGUGUUCACCGUUGUGGCUUUGGUUUCACUCGGAAUUUCACUUCCGAUGGUUGCCAAUUAUGUUAAUGACAUCCAUACCCGUGCUCAACUCCAAAUGAACGAAUGCGAGAUCUCGGCUCAACAGGUGCUCGGCGAAGUGUACACGUUCCGUGCUCAUCCCGCGAAUUCGACCCGUGGAAAGAGGCAAGCUGGAGGAUGCGGAGGAUGCUGUCUUCCCGGAGUUGCUGGACCUCAAGGAGCGUCCGGACGUCACGGAAAGCCUGGUCGCCCAGGAGCCCAAGGAGCUCCCGGAUCUCCUGGAUCUGCCCCAAAGAUCUGUCACGAGAUCCCCGAUACUCCAUGCACACCAUGCCCACCUGGAAAUCAAGGACCACCUGGAGCUCCUGGAGAGAAAGGAUCACCUGGAGCUCCCGGAAACCCUGGACAAGGUGGAGGCCGUGGAUACCCUGGCCCACCUGGAACCCCUGGAAGACCUGGAGCACCUGGAAACCGUGGAGCUCCUGGAGAGGCUGGACGUCCUGGAAACUCAGCAGCAUCCGAGCCAGCUCGUCCUGGACCACCUGGAGCCCCUGGACAGCCUGGAAGACCUGGAGAGGCUGGACCCGCUGGAUCAAAGGGAUUCCCCGGAGCCCCUGGACAACCUGGAGGUCGCGGAUUCCCUGGACAAGCUGGAGAGCCUGGACAUGCUGGAGAGCCCGGAAGCCCUGGAGGCCCAGGAUCCGACGGACGGCACUCGCCGCUAAACGGUGUCGACUUCGACUGUUUCUUCAUAAAGCGUCAAUCAAACUUUUGCAAGUCGAUCUCGACUCUCCCAUCGAAAAUGGGAGUGUUCCUCGAAAGAGAGAAAGCCUAUCGAUUUGUGGCCUAUUCGGCUGUUGGCUUCUCGUUUAUCUCGAUUGUGGCUGUUUGUGUGACUCUGCCACUCGUCAACAACUACAUUCACUCGGUGCAUUUGCGUGUUCAGAAUGAAAUGGAUUUCUGCAAGCUCUCCGCUCGUGAUGUUUUAGUUGAAAUGGCAGAGUUUCGAUCAUCAUCACGAGUGAUGGCUUCACCUUUUUCAUCGCUUCCACCACUUCUUGCCAAGGCUCCAAAUGCGACAAGAACGAAGAGACAGGCAGCCGUAUGCACUGGUUGCUGUCAGCCUGGACUACCUGGACCUGACGGAGUACCGGGAAAAAAUGGAAUGCCUGGACGCCCAGGUGCUCCUGGAGCUCCCGGAUUUCCUGGAAGACCUCCAGCUGUUUGUGAAGAGGUUACCGAACCACCAUGUAUGCCAUGCCCACCUGGAGAACCAGGUCCCCCAGGACCAUCUGGAGACCCAGGACAGCCAGAUCCUGGACAGCCUGGAGAGAAUGGACCGCCUGGACCUCUUGGAGAAGCUGGACAAAGUGGACGGCCUGGAAUCGAUGGACCACCCGGACCACAAGGACCCCCUGGACCACCCGGACCUGCUGGAAAAACUGGAGACAAGGGACCACAUGGACAACCUGGACAGCCUGGCCCUCAAGGAGAGCGUGGGAUUUGCCCCAAGUAUUGCUCACUGGAUGGAGGAGUCUUUUUUGAGGAUGGAACCCGACGA